UCCUUAUCCAAUCAUUCAAAACCAACUGAACUGAGAUCCUUUCAGUGUCUGUCCACCAUCAGUUUACGUAAAGGUACUCAUUAAUCUGUGAAAUUGUCCGCAACUGUUGAGAGAACAGCAAAAUGGCCCCAAUAUCCAUCAAAAGCAUUUUAAUCAGUGAAAGUGUUGAUCCUUGUUGUAAGAAGAUCCUGCAAGAAAAUGGAAUCCAAGUUACGGAGAAGCAAAACAUGAGUAAGGAUGACUUGAUUGCGGAGAUCAAGGUAAGGGUUUACAUAUUUUCCUAAUUUUGGAUGCAUUCCUCGUAUUAAACAUUUCAGGCAUGACAUGCAUUUUUGUUGCACGAUGUAUUUCUAUAAAAGUAUUUCUAAAAUGUGCAACCAUUUCACAGUUGGUAUCAAAUUUAUAAUACGGAAAUGUAUAUCGCGUUUGGUUGAAUAACCUCAUCAAAAGUGUCUCUGAAGUAACAUGCAAUGAUUUCCGCGUUUCAUACAACAGAUUAUUAUUUGAAUCCGUUGCAGUUUAGUUGAUAAAAGCAAGGUCUUGCUUGUGCGUUCCUGUCCUGUGGUGUCCCUCACUAGUACCGCCUUCUUGUGAAUCUGAUGCAACUGCGCCAGAGAUUUACAGGUUUCCCUCGUUUGGCCGACUAUUAAAAACACUAGGAUCACAUUUAGACCGGGGUUUUCUAUCUGUUUUACCUAGUACUUUCAACAUUUUGGGCUAUACAUCAAUUACACCAGCUCAAAGGCUGCUAAUAUUUGGCUUGCCUUCCUCAUGAUACCAUGUGAUGCCCAAAUCAAUCAUUUCAAUGUGUUUGAUGCAUGCACAAAUUACAACUAUAAGGUCAUUCCUAACCUCUUCAAACUACUCCAAUGAACAACAGAUAAUUCUGCCAUGCAAUGUCACUAUGCAAGUCAUAUUUUUUCUGUUAAUUCACUCUCCAGGACUAUGAUGGCCUUGUAGUUAGAUCUGCAACAAAGGUGACAACUGAUGUCAUCAAUGCUGCUAGUAACCUCAAAAUCGUUGGAAGAGCUGGGACAGGUGUUGACAACGUGGAUGUAGAUGCUGCCACCAAAAAGGGCAUCAUUGUCAUGAAGUACGUUUUCAAAAUAAGUGUAAUUCAAAAUAAGUUUUAAUGCAGCGCCUAUGUCUAAAUCAAAUCACCACAGAUCUGGCUUUUCCCUAAACAUUAGACUAUUGUGUAAAUUCUCUUCUAGCACACCAAGUGGCAACACUAUCAGUGCUGCAGAGCUGACAUGUACGCUUUUGAUGAGCCUCUCAAGGUAAGACACUACAACAAUACAGAAUACCUCUCUGCAUAUUUCAUGGUUAGACAUUGCUUUGCACUAUACAGUGCACUCGGAAAGUAUUCAGAACCCUUGACCUUUUCCACAUUUUGUUACGUUACAGACUUAUUCUAAAAUUGAUUACAUUAAAUUUUCCUCAUCAAUCUACACACAAUACCCCAUAAUGACAGUAAAAACAGGUUUAGAAUUUUUCAAAUUUAUAUUUAAAAAAAUAUACAGUACCAGUCAGAAGUUUGGACACACCUACUCAUUAAAGGGUUUUUCUUUAUUUUUUACAUUGUAGAAUAAUAGUGAAGACAUCAAAAUUAUGAAAUAACACAUAUGGAAUCAUGUAGUAACCAAAAAAGUGUUAAACAAAUCUAAAUAUAUUUGAGAUUGUUCAAAAAGCCACCCUUUGCCUUGAUGACAUCUUUGCAUUCUCUCAACCAGCUUCACCUGGACUGCUUUUCCAACAGUCUUGAAGGAGUUCCCACAUAUGCUGAACACUCUCAUCCCAAACCAUCUCAAUUGGGUUGAGGUCGGGGGAUUUGUGGAGUUCAGGUCAUCUGAUGCAGCACUCAUCUACCUUGUCACAACACAACUGAUUGGCUCAAACGCAUUAAGAAGGAAAUCAAUACCACAAAUUAACUUUUAACAACGCACACCUGUUAAUUGAAAUACAUUCCAGGUUACUACCUCAUGAAGCUGGUUGAGAGAAUCCCAAGAGUGUGCAAAGCUGUCAUCAAGGCAAAGGGUGGCUAUAAAAUAUAUUUUGAUUUGUAUAACCUUUUUUCUUUUUGGUUCCAUAUGUGUUAUUUCAUAAACUCAGCAAAAAAAGAAACGUCCUCUCACUGUCAACUGCGUUUAUUUUCAGCAAACUUAACAUGUGUAAAUAUUUGUAUGAACAUAACAAGAUUCAACAACUGAGACAUAAACUGAACAAGUUCCACAGACAUGUGGCCACCAGCUGCAUUAAGUACUGCAGUGCAUCUCCUCAUGGACUGCACCAGAUUUGCCAGUUCUUGCUGUGAGAUGUUACCCCACUCUUCCACCAAGGCAAGUUCCCAGACAUUUCUGGGGGGAAUUGCUCUAGCCCUCACCCUCCGAUCCAACAGGUCCCAGCCGUGCUCAGUGGGAUUGAGAUCCGGGAUCUUCGCUGGCCAUGGCAGAACACUGACAUUCCUGUCUUGCAGGAAAUCACGCACAGAACGAGCUGUAUGGCUGGUGGCAUUGUCAUGCUGGAGGGACAUGUCAGGAUGAGCCUGCUUUGUCAUUAUGGGGUAUUGUGUGUAGAUUGAGGGAUUUUUUAAUAGUUUUUUGUAUCCAUAAGACUGUAACGUAACAAUGUGGAAAAAGUCAAGGGGUCUGAAUACUUUCCGAAUGCAUUGUCCUUCUCAUACUUUUACAGAAAAGUUUGAUUUAACAUUCAAAAUCAUUAUCUUCCUAGACAUGUGCCACAAGCAGCCAUGUCCAUGAAAGCAGGGAACUGGGAUCGUAAAAAGGUAGAGUAUUUUGGCUUCCCUCAUUAGGAGUUUCAUUUUGACACACAAAGCAAUUACUGUCGCGUGGUCUAACCCAGUGUUCAACCAGUCAUCACUAAUCAAAUCUGAUCUUUAAAUCUGUGGUCUCACGCUCAUCAGAGACCUGGAUCAAAGUUGUGUUAAUGAUUUCGCAGUUCAUGGGUGCAGAGAUGUACGGCAAAAUACUUGGAAUAGUUGGACUUGGAAGAAUUGGAAAGGAAGUUGCCACCAGAAUGCAGUCCUUUGGCAUGAAGGUCGAUUCAAAAUCCUGUGAAAAGCAAAAACGAUCUUUCAAAGCUGCCUACUGUAGUAUUUAGACAAUAAUACUAACUGAAUUUGCUUUCGACAGACCAUCGGCUAUGAUCCAAUCACUCCUCCUGAGGUGACUGCUACCUGGGGGGUGGAGCAGAUGUCCCUGGAACAGCUGUGGCCCCAGUGUGAUUACAUCACCGUCCACACGCCCCUCAUGCCUUCUACGGCUGGUGAGUUUUACGGAAGUGUCAUGUUUGUUUUACUGGAGGGAGAACAUUGCUUUUCCACGUGAGGUAUAGUUAUUGUUUCUUCUAGGACUACUGAAUGACACCUCAUUUGCUAAGUGCAAGAAAGGUGUAAAGGUUGUGAACUGCGCACGCGGGGGCAUCAUCGACGAGGAUGCUCUCCUCAGAGCUUUGGAGUCUGGACAGUGUGGAGGGGCUGGCCUCGAUGUUUUUGUUGAGGCAAGAAUACCACAUUUAAACCACAAAUAUAUUCAGUUCCAUUUGAUAUUACUUGUCUUCCCGUCGAUUGACGCUCACUUACAUCAUGGUAUUCCAUUCUUUCCCAGGAACCCCCAAAGAACCGUGCUCUGGUGAACCAUCCCAAUGUGAUUAGCUGUCCUCAUCUGGGUGCCAGUACAAAGGAGGCCCAGGCACGCUGUGGACAGGACAUCGCUCUGCAGAUCGUGGACAUGGUGAUGGGCAAGGGCCUGGUUGGAGCAGUGAGUUCUACUCUCUUCUAUUACAGUCAAGCAAAGGCCUAUUGGUGACUGAUUCUAAUGGGUUCUUUCUUUUGGUUUCAGUGUUGCAAUAGAGAAACUCUGCUUUCAGACCUUGAAAACAAUGUAACCCUCAAUUGUUCAUGAAGUAUUCUAAUGAUACAGUUUCAUUGCAAGAAUGUAUAUUCAACAUUGAGUCAUACUUGGGAAUACAAUUAGUUAGUCUUCCACAUGAAGUGUAGUGAAACCGGUUGACUUAAUUGUGAAAUUUCAUGGGCAAAAACAAUGCAGCCCAAUUCAAUAGAUCUUCUUGAUUAUCUUUCUGAGUCCCUCAUUCCAAAAUGAAGCACAAACCACAUUUAAUAGAUCACAUUACAUGUGUUAUUGUGUGUGUGCGCAGGUGAAUGCCCAGGUUUUGGCAAGCACAUUCUCCCCCGAGUCUCACCAGUGGAUCAAACUUGGAGAGGCCAUAGGAGUAGUGCUGAAAUCAUGCACCACCUCUAAACAGCCCUUCAGCCAAGUGCAAAUCACAACUCAAGGUAAGCACUGCAAGGCAUUAGACUGUCCUAAUAUCCUUCAAUUGCUUAAUUUUCUCUGAAACUGCUGAUCAGGCUUGAUAAACUCAGCAAAAAAAGAAAUGUCCCUUUUUCAGGACCCUGUCUUUCAAAGAUAAUUCGUAAAAAUCUAAAUAACUUCACAGAUCUUCAUUGUAAAGGGUUUAAACACUGUUUCCCAUGCUUGUUCAAUGAACCAUAAACAAUGAAUGAACAUGCACCUGUGGAACGGUCGUUAAGACACUAACAGCUUACAGACGGUAGGCAAUUAAGGGCACAGUUAUGAAAACUUAGGACACUAAAGAGGCCUUUCUACGGACUCCGAAAAACAACAAAAGAAAGAUGCCCAUGGUCCCUGCUCAUCUGCAGGAACAUGCCUUAGGCAUGCUGCAAGGAGGCAUGAAGACUGCAGAUGUGGCCAGGGCAAUAAAUUGCAAUGUCCGUACUGUGAGACGCCUAAGACAGCGCUACAGGGAGACAAGACGGACAGCUGAUCGUCCUCGCAGUGACAGACCACGUGUAACAACACCUGCACAGGAUCGGUACAUACGAACAUCACACCUGCGGGACAGGUACAGGAUAGCAACAACAACUGCCCGAGUUACACCAGGAACGCACAAUCCCUCCAUCAGUGCUCAGACUGUCCGCAAUGGGCUGAGAGAGGCUGGACUGAGGGCUUGUAGGCCUGUUGUCUGGUGAGGUCCUGCCUUACAUCACUGGCAACAACGUCGCCUAUGGGCACAAACCCACCGUCGCUUGACCAGACAGGACUGGCAAAAAGUGCUCUUCACUGACGAGUCGCGGUUUUGUCUCACCAGGGGGGAUGGUCGGAUUGACGUUUAUCGUCGAAGGAAUGAGCGUUACACCGAGGCCUGUACUCUGGAGCGGGAUCGAUUUGGAGGUGGAGGGUCCGUCAUGGUCUGGGGCGGUGUGUCACAGCAUCAUCGGACUGAGCUUGUUGUCAUUGCAGGCAAUCUCAACGCUGUGUGUUACAGGGAAGACAUCCUCCUCCCUCAUGUGGUACCCUUCCUGCAGGCUCAUCCUGACAUGACCCUCCAGCAAGACAAUGCCACCAGCCAUACUGCUCGUUCUGUGCGUGAUUUCCUGCAAGACCGGAAUGUCAGUGUUCUGCCAUGGCCAGCGAAGAGCCUGGAUCUCAAUCCCACUGAGCACGUCUGGGACCUGUUGGAUCGGAGGGUGAGGGCUAGGGCCCCCCCCCCAGAAAUGUCCGGAAACUUGCAGGUGCCUUGGUGGAAGAGUGCGGUAACAUCUCACAUCAAUAACUGGCAAAUCUGGUGCAGUCCAUGAGGAGGAGAUGCACUGCAGUACUUAAUGCAGCUGGUGGCCACACCAGAUACUGACUGUUACUUUUGACCCGCCCCUCCCUCCCCCCCAUUGUUCAGGGACACAUUAUUCAAUUUCUGUUAGUCACAUGUCUGUGGAACUUGUUCAGUUUGUCUCAGUUGUUGAAUCUUGUUAUGUUCAAACAAAUAUUUACACAUGUUAAAUUUGCUGGAAAGAAACGCAGUUGACAGUGAGAGGAUGUUUCUUUUUUUGCUGAGUUUAGAUGAAAAGAUUAAGCGGAAAGCCUGUGUCAACAUUACAUAACCAGUCUUCUCAGAUCAGUGAUCAUAAGGGAAAGGAGACAAUGGAUGCCAUUCAAGCACACAGGUAUUAGAGGAAGAUGGUGUUGUGCUCUUUGGUUUGUCUCUCCCUGGUGGUAUAAUUGUGUGUCAUGAGAGUGGGCUGUCUGGAAAUGCAAACUGAACAUGGUUUAUUUUUGUUUUUAUUCUCACGAACUAGGAGACUGCUUGAAAGGAUCCUCUGGUUACAUGACUUCAGCAGUAAUGGUUGGAUUACUUACUGAUGGGUCCAAGAGUUGCCCCAAUCUGGUCAAUUCACUGACCCUGGCCAAGGAAUCUGGAAUCACGGUAAAAUGGCCCCCAUUGACCCUUGGCUAAAGGUCAUAUUCUGUUAAUGACCUAUCUUGUGUAAUGUAUUAAUGUUGUCUUGUGUAACAUAAAUAAAUCUUAUCUGAGAUUGAUGACUUUGUUUUUAAAUCUCAGGUAACCAGAAACCACAGUAAGGGUCUGACUCAAGGUGCAUGUGAGGUGGAGAUCUCUUUCAAUGGCUCCAGCUACAGAGCUACUGGUUGUGUCCAGGGAGGAGUACCAGUCUUGUUGGAGCUGAACCGCAGCGUGUUCCGACAGCCUGUCUCUCUCACUGGCAAUCUGCUGUUCUUCAAGGCCUCUGCUUCUCCUCAGCUCCUGCCCGCUGUGACCGGUGAGAAAAACAUUUUUCACAUUGUAACCUCAUGAUUGAAUAAUCAAGAUCAUAGGGUCAUCUUUCAUCUAUGCAGCACGAGGUAAGCCAUGUAUAGCCCUUUUCUUUUCUACUUGAAUGAUUUCUUUUUUCAGUAUGCUGUCUUAACCCAUACUUUUUCUGCCUUUUCCCAUCAGGAUGUGUUUACACUGAACUAGCACUUGACAGCAAGCUACUCUCUGGCUGUAAAUGUCAGAAGACCAGGAUAACUUAACUUAUUUUAAACUGACUGUCUCCCACUCUUUCCUCAGGUUUGCUGGCCACGGUAGGAGUGGAAAUGGAGUCAUUCAGUGCCCCUGCAGAUCGUAGUGGAGAUCAGUGGUAUUGUGUGGGGUUAUCCUCUCUCUUGGGUGACCUUGGUGCUUUAAAACCUUUAGUGAAAGAAGCAGGCCAGCUCUCUGUGUAAAUAACAGUGAGAUAGCAUUGUUACAAUGCUGAGAGUCCAGUAGAGCAUUCCAAUGUCAAAAAAUCUAACCACUGAUUAUUUAAGUCAUCUAAAUGGUUUAUCUUGGCUUUUUAGCAUUGCAAUACUUGGUUUACAAUACGAACACAUAGAAGUUACUAAAAAUGCACUUCUGUCAUUUCAAUUGUAGAGAUGCUGGCUAUACUUAGCAUUUAAUAAACAUCUGUUACAUUAUUACACUUGUUUUAUAUUUUGUUGUAUUCUCUAUUUGGCUGUUUUUGCUGAAUGUUCUCAAUGCCAAAACACCAGGAAGAGGGUAGCUGAAAUGGCGAAACAAAAAAACAACCCGUCUAAACUGACCAAUAAACUCCUAUGCAUUUGCUGUGCACCCUAGGUUUCUAUGGUGACUAACCUAUUACUAGUAUUUGGUAUUCCCUUGGGUGCAAUAAAGAUGAAAUCUGUGUGUUAAAG